CCGUCCUUUAUUCCUCUCUGCAGUUUGAAACUGUCAGGUUGCUGCCAAGGUAGCCGCGGUACCGCUGUUGUUUCGCCGGAGACGCGGCGACGAGACGGGGAGGCAGGCAUCCGGGUUUGUGGAGAGCAGCGACGAAACAGUAAGAAAAUGCUACGGUUGUAGAGUUUCAAAGAAACUGUCGUACCUUGCUGGCAUCAAAGCAGGGCAGAUGGAAGACUUAUGGCAUAUUUUCCAAAAAUACAGUAGUUGUUUUAUGGCUGCAGUAUCUAUUCAGAGACUCUUUGAAGUCAGACCCAACUUUUCAGCUUGUUUUUUGAGUAAUCAGCACCAGCCCACUUCCGCUCCUACUAUCUACUCGUUUAUGCAGAAUGUCAUCAGAUGAGGAGAAAGGCUCACUUCCUGUUAUACAGAAUGGCUCUGACCGGCGCAGUUCUGUGUCUUCAGAUCUUCAGGAAGAGUACGAAGAACUGCUUCGUUAUGCUAUCGUGACUCCAAACAUCGAGUCAGGUGCUUCACAGCCAUGUCAUUCUAAGGGAGAGCUGGUACCAGAUAUGAGGGUUCCUACUAUAAUUGAUGAUAUUCUUCAUAAUCAAGGAAAUAGCCCUGCAGUAAGAGAAACAGAGAUGGAAGUUGGAAAAGGAGGUGAUUUAAAUAUUUCAGGUCAUCUAAAGACAGAUGGGUCAUCGCCAGUGUCGUCACCGAGGAAGCCCUCACACCCAGUGAUGGAUUUCUUCAGUUCUAACCUCUUAGGUGACUCUUCCUCACCAGCAUCUAUUUCUAGUCAUGCAGACGUCCAUGAAAUCGUUGUGAGCGAUUUUCUUAUUUCGGAUGAAAACCUUCAGAAGAUGGAAAACGUACUGGAUCUUUGGAGUUCAGGGCUUAAGACAAACAUCAUAUCUGAACUAAGCAAAUGGAGACUUAAUUUUAUUGACUGGCACCGAAUGGAAAUGAAAAAAGAGAAAGAAAAACAUGCAGCACACUUAAAACAACUGUGCAACCAGAUCAACAGCUUAAAGGAGCUGCAAAAAGCCUAUGAAGUUUCCAUUGGGAGAAAAGAUGAGGUGAUUUCUAGCUUGUCUCAUGCCAUAGGCAAGCAAAAGGAAAGGAUAGAGCUGAUGAGAACAUUCUUCCACUGGCGAAUUGGCCAUGUUAAAUGCAGACAGGAUGUCUACGAAGGUAAACUAGCUGACCAGUACUUCCAGAGAACUUUACUGAAGAAGGUCUGGAAAGGCUGGCGGUCUGUAGCACAGAAGCAGUGGAAAGAGGUAGUAGAACGAGCUUGUCAAGCAAGAGCGGAAGAAGUUUGUGUCCAGAUUUCCAAUGAUUAUGAAACCAGAGUUGCUGUGUUAUCUGGAGCUUUGGAAAAUGCAAAAGCUGAGAUUCAAAGAAUGCAGCAUGAAAAAGAGCACUUUGAAGAUUCCAUGAAGAAAGCUUUCAUGAGGGGUGUGUGUGCAUUAAAUCUCGAAGCCAUGACUAUAUUUCAAAACAGAGGUGAUACAGGGAUAGACUUCACAAAUAGAAAAGAAGAGUAUGGCCCUGGCGUUCAAGGCAAAGAACAUUCUGCUCAUUCGGAUCCUCUGGCCCCUCCAGUGCCCCCAGUGGUUGCACUGCCACAGUCCCCGCCCCCAGCUGCCAUGGGAGCGGCCGGCGCCGCUGCUUUUCCUUCCGCCGCUUCCAUCCCGUCGGCUGGGGCUCCUUCCACUUCCUCUGCUCACCUUCCUGUUUCUGCAACUCUUGGCGCUGGGUCUACAGCGGCUGCUGCACCAGAAGAAAUGUAUGUGCCCAGAGUUGUGACAUCUGCACAACAGAAAGCUGGAAGAACAAUUACAGCCCGGAUCACAGGGAGAUGUGAUUUUGCCUCAAAAAACAGAAUUAGUAGCAGCUUAGCUAUAAUGGGAGUUUCUCCUCCCAUGAGCUCAGUUGUUGUGGAAAAACAUCAUCCAGUCACAGUGCAAACCAUUCCUCAAGCUGCUGCAGCAAAAUAUCCCCGGACGAUUCAUCCUGAAAGUACCUCAGCUUCUAGAUCCCUUGGAACCAGGUCAACUCACACCCAGUCUCUCACAAGCAUUCAUUCCAUAAAAGUGGUUGACUAAAAUGAAUAUGCACAUAUUGAGAUCUUUUAAUUCUUCUGGUUUUACCAAGAAUUAGAAGUCUCUAGUUGUUAAAAUUUCAUAUUCUCAGAACAUCAUAGAUAUAUCAUGUUCAUCUUUUCAAAAUUACAAGAGACUUUUUCAAGCCAUACCAUCCUUUGUAACUAUAUGUAGGAUUAUUUUAAUGUUAUUUUUUUUAAUUUAAGCAAUUAAGUAAAACUUUUUUAAAU